AUGGCGCUCUCUCUGCGACAGAAGCAGAUAGACGCCAUCGUGCGCAUGCUCAACCUCAACAGCCCCGUUACAGUCACGGUGGGCGGCGGGCUGGCGUCAGACGGCGACGUGUACAAGGUGCUGCUGCUCGAUAAAUACUCCCGCGACCUCAUCUCGCCGCUCCUCAAGGUGUCCGACCUGCGCAAGCACGGCAUAACUCUCCAUCUGAUGGUAGACGCGGAGCGCCAGCCCAUCCCGGACGUGCCGGCCGUGUACUUCCUGCAGCCCACGGCAGGCAACAUGCAGCGCCUCGUGCUGGACGCCACGCGCGGCACGUACGACAAGAUGCAUCUCAACUUCACCUCCUCCGUUCCUCGCCUUCUCUUAGAAGACCUCGCAGCCGGGACCCUCAAGGCGAAUGCCCUACACCGCGUGGCACGGGUGUUUGAUCAGUAUUUGGAGUUUGUUUGCCUUGAUCACGGGUUGUUUUCGCUCGGGCAGCCCGAGAGUUACGUGCGGCUGAACGACCCGAUGGCGAAGGACAAGGACGUGGAGGGGGCAGUGGAGAGUAUCGUGAACGGGCUGUUCUGCGUGCUGGUGACGCUGGGAGUGGUGCCCGUGAUUCGCUGUCCGGAGAGGGGGCCAGCAGAGAUGGUGGCCAGGCAGCUGGAUGCGAAGCUAAGGGCGCACCUCGCCACGCACAACAACCUUUUCAAGGAGGCAGCGGCAGGGGCGCUGGCAGCAGGAGCGGCGGCUGUGGCGCUCAACCGAGUGAGCAUUCACAAGGGAGGCGCGGCAGGGGGAGCCGGGGCAGGGAGCGGACCGCUGUCACCGGUGCUGAAGGGAGCUGGGGCGGGUGGUGGCGCCAAGGCGACCAGCUAUGAGCUCGAUGACUCGGAUAGCUUCUGGGUGGCUCAUUCGGAGUCUCCGUUUCCCAAGGCGGCUGAGGCGGACAAGGAGCAAGUCAACCCAGCAGCUGUCUGUCCCUUUCCCCUCUCCAUCCCCAACUUACCGUCAUCCUCGCCGCUGCUCCCCACUUCACACAUGCUGUUGAAGAAGUGGACACUCGACAAGGAGCAAAUCAAUGCAGCAGCUGUCCGCUUCCCCUCCCCCAAUUCACGUUCAAGCAAUCCCUUGCGUUGUAUCCUUCUCUGUUCACAGGUGGACAUGCUGCUGAAGAAGUGGACGCAGGACAAGGAGCAGGUGAACGCAGCCUCGCCCACAGGCGACGCGUUCUCAGAAGCCGAGGACGAGGACGUGAUGGGGCGCACGAAGCAGCUGUCGGCCGCCAUGAGCGCCGUGCCGCAGCUGAUGGAGCGCAAGCGAGUCAUCGACAAGCACGUCACCAUCGGCGGCACGCUCCUCGAGGAGAUCAAAUCGCGCGCGCUCGACGCCUACUUCUCCAUGGAGGAGGAUCUGCUCACGCGCGGCAGCACGGACCGGGCGGCGAUGCUCGACUUACUCAGGAAGAGGGGGUCCAAGGAGGAUAAGCUGCGGCUGGCAAUAAUCUACCUGAUGGCGACGGACAAUGCGAGUGCGGGGGAUGUGGAGGCGGUGGAAGCGGCGCUGAGGGAGCAGCAGGUGGAUCUGGCCGCUCUGCAUUACAUCAAGCAGGUGAAGCGCGUCAACUCCAGCUUUGCUGCCGUGGCUGCCGCGGGGGGUGGGGCCGGAGGAGUGGGCGGCGUGGGCGGCAGCAAGGAUGAUCUGCUGGAUUGGGCCGGGCGGCUCGCCGGGCAGGGUUUGUCACGAGUGACUGCUGGUGUGAAGAAUCUUUUGGCUGGGGGCAGGCAGCUGCAGCUGACCCGGGCAGUUGAAGCUCUCAUGGAAGGCCGGCCCGGGCAGGACACGGAUUCUUUUCUCUGCCUCGACCCGAAAGCCCCCAAAGGGGGGAGCAGCAGCACAGCAGCAGGGGGUAGCAGGGGGGCGGUGCGGGACGCAAUUGUCUUUGUGAUUGGAGGGGGGAACUACAUGGAGUAUGGGGGUUUGCAGGAGAUGGCGAGGAAAGCAGGGGCGGGGAGUGGGGCGGCAGGAGUGCGCACGGUGGUGUAUGGGACGACUGAGAUGCUGGCGGGGAGUCAGUUUGUGGAGCAGCUGUCGGAGCUGGGGAGGAAGAUGGGGUACAAGGCCCCUCCCCCACCUGCGGAGUCUGUGGGGGGGGCAGCGGGUGGUGCGGGGGGUGCAGUUGGAGGCCAUAGGUAG